GCCGGCCUUCUUUUCUUCUCUCCUCCAUUUCCAAGGCCACACCGUUCCGACCGGACGAGACAAAAGAGUCCCAAUCCAGCUUCAUUAUAACUCAUAUAUACUGUAUAUAUUCUUAUCAUUAUUAAUUUGAAAUGGCAAACCCUAGAGUUUUCUUUGACAUCACCGCUAAUGGAUGUCCUCUCGGCAGAGUGAUUAUGGAGCUUAGAGCUGACGUUGUCCCCAGGACAGCAGAGAACUUCAGGCAGCUGUGCACAGGGCAGCCUGGCUUUGGCUACAAAGGCUCUACCUUCCACCGUGUCAUCCCUAACUUCAUGUGCCAGGGUGGCGAUUUCACAAACCACAACGGAACCGGUGGGAAGUCCAUCUACGGUCACAAAUUUGAGGAUGAGAACUUCACUCUGAAGCACACAGGGGCUGGCUGCCUGUCCAUGGCCAACGCCGGACCCAACACUAAUGGCUCGCAGUUCUUCAUCUGCACAGCACUCACCAGCUGGCUGGAUGGGAAGCACGUGGUCUUCGGCCAGGUCGUGGAGGGCAUGGACGUCAUCAAGAAGGUGGAGAGCUAUGGCAGCAACAGCGGCAAAACCAGCACCGAAAUAGCCAUCGCAGACUGCGGCCAGCUCUAGACGCUUCGUGGCUCCUGGCUUGCGAUGUUUCCUGUACACCUUGAUCUCUUAGUCCCCUUGAAACACUACUAAAAUCAUGACAUUCCUGUCCUGCUUCGACACCUCCUGCUAGUCCGCGUCCAUUAUGCUGUCCACUGUUUUGACUUUUUUUUUUUUUUUGUAAUUAUUAUUUUGAUCGGUUCUCAUUUUCAUUUGCAAAUAGAAGCCCACGGGCUGUGAGAAUUGUGUGUCAAAAUCUGAAAAUAAAAAAGGGGAACAACGAGCUUGAGACAUUUCUCACUUCUUGCUCUUGUGUGCUAAAAUGGGUGGUUUGAUCCUAGCUAAUAAAUUUCCUAGACUAGCUAGGAACUUUCUCAGCUAGCUGAUAAAAUUCCAUUUCAGUACUUUAGGACACAUUAGCACGAUGGUUGUUAAGCCGUGGAAAAAUUUGGCUAAAUUUUAAGUUUAGCUAUCAAUGCCAGUCAAGACGUGGGGUACUAGCAUUUUUGGGUUUGGGUCGUCCCGUCCCCCUGCAGUGGAGCUUCAAAGUUGAACAAUUAUUCAGUUUUCCUGAAAAGCGCUGACUGAUAUCAAGCACCCCCUGAUCAAUCAGGUUGAAGAA